CAACUAAGAUCAGAAGUCCUCAACCUCUUUUGAACUCUCAGCUCCAUUCGAAUUCAGCACCGCACAACUCUGCUGCUGCAGCUUCUUACCACGUGCUCUUUUCGUGAUCGUUAGUUCGCCCUUUCCUCUUCGACGAACUUCGCAGUCGUCGCCAUGGCCAGGUCGCUAUCGUUCGCUCUUUUGGCUCUCCUCAUCGUCGGUGUGGUUGUUCCCCUGGCGACAGCGCAGAAGGUGUCGCUGUACGAGAAGAACCUGAACGACGCAAUCGCUGUCGUCAAGGCGAAACCUGGUUACAAGGCCUUCGCCUCGCUCGUCGGCGCAAUUCUUAAGCAGUCCCAGCUGAAGAAGCUCGUCCAGCAGAAUCUGACGAUCUUUGUGCCCAACGACAAGGCGCUCACCGAUUUCAACCUCACCCAAUACGCCACGGCCGACCUCCUCAAAGUCGUCAAGUACCACGCCGUCAAGGGCGCCUACACGUUCGCGCAGCUUCAGGCGCUCGCUGCGUCCGGCGGCAAGCUCCAGACGACCCUCGGGCUGACGAUUGGACUGACCAAGGCGAAGAGGGGCAUCGGGAUGUUCGGCAUGGAGAAGAUCGGCGCCGCUGUCCUCGAUAAGGACAUCUCCGUUAAGCCGACGGUCGUCGCGCAAGGGAUCUCCCGCGUGCUCAAGCCCAAGGGUUUCGUGAUCAAGGGCGCGGCGAGUUCCGGUACUCCUGCGACGACCACGCCUAAGACGAAGACUCCUGCUCCUAAGACCACCGCUCCUAAGGCGGCCUAAGACGGGUUUACUUCGGACGCUGACUGGCUCCGAGCCAGGAGACGGAGCUACUAUUAUACAGCAGCCAGCGCCAGCAGCCAGGGGAUUCUUCUAAGAUGCUACUGGGUCUGUAGAGGGCUUUAUGACGGCGCAUUCAGUGCCUGAUCCCAGCCUCUAGGACCCUGUGGGUCUGUCUCCUACGGUGGUGUUGGCAGCAGCGGCGGUGGAGAGCUAAUUUAUUCCCUUCUCGGAAAACCAAAAAUAAGUCUAAUACGUUAGAAUUAGAAACGAGGCCAGUGCGUUGUUGCACGGCCAAUGACGUGUAGGCAAAUGAUGUUUAUUAUUAUUUUGUUGAAUCACGGUUUUCGAAAUGUUAGAAACAAGCAAACACUGAAUGUUGAA